UCCUCCUUCGACACGGAUUUGAAACAGCGAUCUAAGGAUAUAAGCAUUCGCUGUUCUGCAGUCCUCCGCUCUACCAACUGACUUCAUUUUUCCUCAUUUGUGAGUUAGCUUGGAUUAUUUUUUAAUUAGGAAACUGGAAAUGCACGUUUGUUCUCUAUCGGGGAAUGUGCGAACAAUAGGCGCAUUUAUGCGGUAGGAAAAGGUUUCUUUUUCGAUCCGGAUUUCAGCAUUUAGUGUUCUACAGUCUUCCGCUCUAGCAACUGAGUUAUGGAUUUUAGAGAACUGUGGAUAAACUUGAAGUGUUUUGAAUUAUUCUGUAUGAUUGGAUUCGUACACCUUGACUAUUCUUUAAGAAACUGGAAAUGCACAUAUAAUUCUCUAUAGGGGGAUGUGCGAACAACAGGUAAAAAUAUUUUGGGGGGCGCAUUGAUGAAAAAGAUUCCUCCUUCGAGCCGGAUUUGAACCAGCGACCUAAGGAUUUCAGCAUUUUGCGUUCUACAGUCCUCCGCUCUACCAACUGAGCUAUCGAAGGGACAUGGAGAAAUCUUUGGGCAAAAGGUACAUGUUUGUAUGUAGUCUUAGUCUUCUCUACCGGAUGUUGAUCAACGUCGACCAUUCAGCAAUCGUGAGAUUUCCGUGUAUUGAGCGCUCGUCAGAACUGUCGACAUGUGUCCAAACGGGUCUUUCCAGGCACAACUUUCUUCAAUUAUGGAGACGCUGACGACGUCUGCCGUUGCAGAGAUUACAAAACUGGUCGAUUACAGUUCUGCCCUUCUAUUCUCGGAGAUAUCCCGACAACAGGGAGAGAACGACGCUCUUCGGAAGGCAUUGUACUGUAUGCAAAUCGAGCUCGGGACCGAGAGACCAAAGCAGGGCACCUCUUCUGUUGAUAUAUCUUUAGAAGUUCAGCUUUGCGACGAGAUCCAGAAUAAUAAAGGCGUGGGGGACCACUGGUUUCCGGACAAGCAGUUGGUUGUGAGUGAGAGGCACUAUGGAGUGGAUGCUGCCAUCGAAUUGGGAGAAACCAGUGCACCGCAGCGCAGAACAGUGAAGGAAGAAUGUCCAGACGUGAAACAGGUCAUUUUACAACCUGACCCUAAAGGUGAGGACAGGCCAGAGGAGGUUGUGGAGGCUAGUCACCCGGAGGAAGCAGAGCACAUCAUUAUCGGUGGAGAAGGAAAUGGUGGCCUGUCCCUAAAAGAUGAUUUCCAGGCCAUGGACGAGAGCCAGUCAGAGGCGUACCACAGCUCCACAGCAGAGCCCGAGGAAGAAGACACCAGCCAAGACUUCAGCGAAGAGCUGGAGAUGUGGGUCAAGUCUGAGCCGGGGUCAGAGAGCGACACCGUCAGCUUCACCCCCAGUGUCGCAGAAAACAAGAUGGUCGACCACCUCACGGGCAGGGAAAUGCACGCCUGUUCAUACUGCAACAAACGCUUCAACUACCGUAGCCAGGUGAUAAUCCACGAGCGGGUUCACACGAGGGAGAGGCCGUUCGUCUGCAAGCAGUGCGGCAAGGGUUUCUCCCAGAUUAACAACCUCAAGAAGCACCAAAUCUGUCACAGGGGAGGGGAGGGGAAUCACGAGUGCGGGGAGUGUGGAAAGGCGUUCUGCCACACCCAGAGCCUGAAGAAUCACAUGGUGGCAGCUCACGGCUUCGGUUCAAGGUUGGACUGCGAGACGUGCGGCAAGACGUUUCACAAUCAGAAAGCUCUCAUCGCACACUCCACCAGUCACAGCAGGGCUUUUGGCUGCGAGAUAUGCGGGAAGGCUUUCGGUACGAAACAAACUCUUAAGACCCACCAGUUCACUCACACGGGGGAGCGUCCGUUCAUCUGCAACUACUGCGGCAAGAGCUUUGCCUACCUCUGUAACCUUAAAACUCACAAGAGGGUUCACACUGGGGAGAAGCCCUUUGGCUGUGAGCUGUGUGGCAAGUGUUUCACUCAGAAACACUGCCUGGAGAAACUGCACUUGUGUAUAGAUUAA